GUUUCAUAUCCCACAUGACGUGAACGUACCAUCAUAUUUUCCUGUACCUACAGUCUAUGAUACACACAUACAUACACACAUACGAGGACGAAGAAGAGCGCGAGACGUGAGUUAUUUAACGAUUUUUCGUGCGCCUACGAACUUUCGGGGAAAAUACGAACAUUCAAAAAGAUGGACUGAGAGCAGAUGAAAUUAAUCCACUGAAGACGCCAGUGUGGGAGCACCUUGGUCCAGCGUACACAAAGGAGCCAUUCAGGUGGAGGGCGGGCAGGUCAGCAGGUAUCCUCUCGUAGAGCCCUGGCCUGCGACAGUCUGUCCCCCUGACGGACGAACCCCUGGGGCCCGCCGCCAUGGGCAAACCAUCGCUGAAGGACCAAAAAGAAGCUGCGAAGGACAAGAUGGGGAGGCCAAACCCUGCAGCCACUAAAGAUACCUUCAGCUGGGAGCAGUACUUGAAAGAAACAUCAUCCACUCCAGCUCCUCCAAGCUUCUUCCGCCAGUCCCGGCUCCCGCCCUCCAACGACUUCAAGGUUGGCAUGAAGCUGGAGGCCCGCGACCCGCGCAACAGCACCUCCGUCUGCAUCGCCACGGUGAUGGGCGUGACGGGCGUGCGGCUGCGGCUGCGUCUGGACGGCAGCGACAACACCAACGACUUCUGGUGCCUGGUGGACUCGGCCGACAUCCAGCCCAUCGGGACCUGCGAGAAGAAGGGCGACAUGCUGCAGCCGCCGCUGGGGUUUCGUAUGAACGCGUCGUCGUGGCCGAUGUUCCUCCUACGCACGCUCAACGGGGCGGAGAUGGCCCCCGGCACAGCCUUCAAGAAGGAGCCCCCCCGACCCCCCCAGAACAACCUGACGGCUGGCAUGAAGCUGGAGGCGGUGGACAAGAAGAACCCCUACCUCAUCUGCCCGGCCACCGUGGGCCAGGUCAAGGGUCAGGAGGUGUUCGUCACCUUCGACGGCUGGAGGGGCGCCUUCGACUACUGGUGCCGCUACGACUCGCGGGACAUCUUCCCCGUGGGCUGGUGCUCGGUCACCAAGCACAGCCUGCAGGCGCCCGGCAACAGUGUGUCGCCCACCAAGCCCCAGCCGCUGCCGUCCUUCUCCCCCUCCAAGCCCAGCCGGCGCUCCAGCCAGGCCUCCUUCCGGCUGCCCAGCCCGCUGCCCCCGCUGCCCGUCCGCAAGGGCGUGCGGGGCCGGCGGCCCAAGAGCGAGACCCUGGCCCUGCUGAAGGCCGCCGCCGCCGCCCAGACCGGCUCUCCGGGGGGCAGCCCCCAGCCCGGGCCCCUGGGGGUCCACACCCAGCUGGCCCCCCGGCCCCACAAGAAGAGAGGACCCAAACCGGGCAGCAAGAGGAAGCCCAAGGUGCCCCCCGGCCCGGUGGGCUGCCUCUCCGUCCCCAAGGAGAGCCCGGCCGGCCCCGGGACGCUGCUGUCAACAGUGUGUGUGUACGUGAACAAGCAGGGUGACUGCGGCCCCCAGCUGGACCGGAAGCAGGUCCAGCGGCUCCCGGACCGCUUCGGGCCCGGCCCGGUGAACCUGGUGCUCCAGCAGGUGGUCCAGUCCUGCCUGGACUGCUCCUACCAGCCCAAGCUGCUGCUGGCCGCCCUGCAGACCCACUCCGGGUCCGGGGAGGUGGUCCGAGUGCGGACGGACGGCGGCGUGUGUCUGGUGAAGCUGCCCUCGGCCUCCAGCGCGUCCUUCGUGCUGCGCUUCCUGGAGACGGUGUGCCUCCACCUGCAGGGAGACAACCUGUUCAGCAGCCAGCCCUUCAGGACCUACCAGUCAGUGAAGGAGGAGGUGCUGGAGGCCCCGUCCCUGUCCCUGCGGCCCGGUAAGCGCGGCCUGUCGGGGGUCUCCCCGCCGUACGCCGCCUCCCUGUCCCCCAAACACCUCUGCAGCGACGCCCACCCCUCAGAAGCAGAGACGCUGCCCCCCGGUGAGGGCGGCCCGCUGAAGGAGGCGUGGUUCAUGGACUCGGCCUCCGGCUCCAUGACCCCGCUGAGCCCCCGCCCCCACGCCGACUACCACCCCUACUACCCCCGGGGGGGGGCGGCCCUCCGGAGGUCCUCCUCCCACCCCCCAGAGACCGCCUCCUCCACCGCCCUCCGCAGGGUGGAAGCUGCCAGCUCCACCACGGGCCCCGAGCCCACGGUCCCUGAGAGGGAGGGGCCCGGCCGGAGCCCCGCCUCCUGGUCCAUCCUGGAGGUCAUGCAGUUCGUGAGGGAGGCGGACCCCGCGGCGCUGGGGCCCCACGCGGAGCUCUUCAGGAAACACGAGAUCGACGGCAAGGCGCUGAUGCUGCUGCGGAGCGACAUGGUGAUGAAGUACAUGGGGCUGAAGCUAGGCCCCGCCCUCAAGCUCUGCCACCACAUCGAGAGGCUGCGGGGGGGCAAGCCCUGACGUAACCUGGGCCCCGCCCACACACCUAGGCCCCGCCCACACACCUGGGCCGGCCCUCAAGCCCUUAACCACACCUGACAGACACACACCUGACAGACGCACACCUGACAGACGCACACCUGACAGACGCACACCUGACGGACACACACCUGACGGACACACACCUGACGGACACACACCUGGGCCCCGCCCUCAAGCCCUGACACACACCUGAGAGCACACACAUGGGCCCCGCCCACACACCUGGGCCCUGCCCACACACCUGGGCCCCGCCCUCAAGCCCUGACACACACCUGCCAGCACACACACGUCCUGCAGAUGCAGGCCGGAGCUCCACAACCCAGAGACGGUCUGAGUAGGAAGGAAGGAGGAGCCGCCUCAGUGGUUCCUCCUCUUCCUCCUCCUCCGUUAGCACAGUGGUUCCUCCUCCUCCUCUCCCUCCUCCUCCGUUAGCUCAGUGGUUCCUCCUCCUCUUCCUCCUCCUCCUCCGUUAGCUCAGUGGUUCCUGCUCCUCUUCCUCCUCUUCCUUCUUCGUUAGCUCAGUGGUUCCUGCUCCUCCUCUUCCUCCGUUAGCUCAGUGGUUCCUGCUGCUCCUCCUCCUCUUCCUCUGUUAGCUCAGUGGUUCCUGCUCCUCCUCCUCCUCUUCCUCCUCCGUUAGCUCAGUGGUUCCGGCUCCUCCUCUUCCUCCGUUAGCUCAGUGGUUCCUGCUCCUCCUCCUCCUCCUCCUCCUCAUAUGUCUCUGUCUUAACGAGGUCUCCACACUCCGUUCUGCUCGUUAAGCUGAGCUAGGUCCCACCCCCCGCCCCCAGCCUGCUGCUUGGACCGGGUCUGGUCUAGGGGGUCCCAGGUGGUCCUGGAUCCUCCAGACCUGUCCCGGCUCAGCCCCCUCUGGUGGAUUAAUUUAUUUCAGUAUGGAUUGUUACAGACGUGCACAACUUUUAAAAAGGGCUUCAUUAUGAGGUUUACCAGUCCUGACCUCUGACCUCUGAGUGCCCCACGUUGACCUUUCACCUUCCUGGCCUCGAUGGAGACAGAGUUCCACACGUCCGUGGGUUUCACCACGGACCCCCCCCCCACCCGUGUACAUUUUGUAGAAAGUAAAUAUUUUAAAAGAUGCCACGUAUAUACAUUGUAUGUGUAUGAUGUGUUUAUAUAGAGAUGUAGGGUCGAUGGAGUCCUUCAGCGUUCUUAAUGAGAUGGCCUUCCCCUACUUCGGUCCGGUCUCAGGGGGAAGAGGGCUUCAGCGUACCUUUGGUACGUACAACGCGUUCCACUUCCUCCUGGGACCUGACCUGGCGUGCCAUACGAUAUGCAACACAGAAUCCAGUGCUGUUAACCAGAGCGUCUCUGACACAUGUCUACGCGGCGAAUGUCACCUGUUCAUGACCUUGUUUGUAACACCAAAGAAAUGUCAUCAUGCGUUUUAUGAUGUUGAAUAUUUUCUAUUUUAUAAAUGCUCUAAAAGAGG